AAAUUUAAUUAACUAUAUUGUUUUAAUCUCAAGUUACAUGAGAUUCACCCAUCCUGAUCCUUAGGAUAUAGUGGGAAAAUAAGCAAAAGAUUCUUCUUGAUGAAUAUUUUAAAUUAGAUUAUUGGCAUAUUUCAUCUACAGAUGUUGGUUAGUUAGCUUUGAAGGUAAGCCUCCAAUACCAAAUAAUAUCAAUAUAAUUGUCAUUUUAUAGGUGUGCUGUGGUGCUGCGCGAUUUAAUCAUGCCUUACCUUCUCCGACGAAUGAAGGCUGAUGUGAAUGCCCAACUUCCAAAGAAAACUGAGCAUGUUCUAUUUUGCAGCCUUACAUCAGAGCAAGUAUCUGCUUAUAGAGCAUUUUUAGCUAGCACUGAUGUGGAGCAAAUAUUGGAUGGACACAGGAAUUCUCUUUAUGGAAUUGAUGUGAUGCGCAAGAUCUGCAACCACCCCAACCUACUUGAAAGGGAUCAUGCCUUUGAUGAUCCAGAUUAUGGAAAUCCAAAACGUAGUGGGAAAAUGAAAGUUGUAGCUCAAGUGCUUAAAGUUUGGAAGGAACAGGGUCACCAUGUUCUCCUUUUUACUCAAACCCAACAAAUGCUUGACAUUUUUGAGAAUUUUUUGACAACUUCUGGUCACAUUUAUCGGAGAAUGGAUGGUCUCACUCCUGUAAAACAGAGAAUGGCUUUAAUAGAUGAAUUUAAUGAUUCAAGUGAAAUAUUUAUUUUCAUUUUAACAACCAAAGUUGGGGGGUUGGGGACGAAUCUUACAGGUGCAAAUAGGGUGAUCAUCUAUGACCCUGACUGGAAUCCUUCAACUGAUAUGCAGGCCAGAGAGCGUGCUUGGCGUAUUGGUCAGAAGCGGGAUGUAACAGUGUACAGGUUGAUUACGCGUGGAACUAUAGAGGAGAAAGUGUAUCACCGUCAGAUUUACAAACAUUUUCUUACCAAUAAGAUAUUGAAGAACCCACAACAGAAAAGGUUCUUUAAAGCCCGGGAUAUGAAAGAUCUUUUCACACCUAAUGUGGAUGGAGAAACUGGGUCAACUGAAACGUCCAAUAUUUUCAGUCAAAUAUCUGAAGAAGUCAAUAUCAUUGGGACACACAAAGAAAAUAAGGAUAAGUAUAAACAUAGCCAACCUGCUGAACUGGAUUCUGAAGAUGUUGCAGUUGGUAAUGAUGACAAAUCAGAGAGAGGUUCUUUAAGAGGAAAGGGGAAAGAGAAGGUUGAACAUAAUAGUAAUAAGGUUGAUGAGGAAACAAAUAUAUUGAAAAGCCUUUUUGAUGCCAAUGGGAUACAUAGUGCCAUGAACCAUGAUUUGAUCAUGAAUGCCCAGGAUGAGGAGAAGAUGAGACUUGAGGAGCAAGCAUCCCAGGUUGCACAAAGAGCUGCAGAAGCUUUACGUCAGUCACGAAUGGUCCGAAGCCAUGAUAGCAAAGCAUCUAACGAAUUACCCAACAAGGGAACUAAUAAGAUCAAUGGAUUUGCUGCUGGGGAAUCUUCUGGUAAAGCAUUAUCUUCCGCCGAACUAUUGGCUCAAAUUCGAGGUAACCAAGAGAAAGCCAUUGGUGCCGGGCUUGAACAUCAGUUUGGUGUGUCGUCAAGUUCCACUAAUCAAGCAAGAUCUGUAGAUGCUAGAUCUUCCAUGGCUACUGAAAAUUCAUCCGUACAACCUGAAGUAUUGAUUCGGAAAAUCUGUACUUUUAUACAACAACGAGGUGGUAGUUUCGAUUCAGCCAGCAUAGUUCAGUAUUUCAAGGACCGUAUUCCCUCAAAAGAUGUUGUGCUGUUUAAGAAUCUGUUAAAGGAAAUUGCUACUCUGCAUAAAGGAUCAAAUUGGGUUCUGAAACCAGACUACCAAUUCUGAAACGAGACCAUCAACAGAGGCUAUUUGCCAAUGUAUCAAUUCUGACUGCGGGGUGCUUUAAGUUGAUGAAAUAUUCAUUAUAUAGUCCGAACGGUAGACUCUGAAGCAUGAUUCUUUGUGCUGACACGGUUUACUUUUUGUACUGAUCUUGAGUUCUUUUUGUGGGUUACAUGUGAGAAGAAUGCCAGUAGAGCCAAUCAUUGGGUUCUUAGCUCAAUUUUGUAUACUGAGAAGUGAGAAGGGACAAAUAGGUAAACAGACGCCUCUAAGGUGUGCAGUAAAUAGUAGUUUUGUAAAGCCGCAUAAUUUAUAUUUUGAUUCAUUUGGUUCUUUCA